AUGUCGACCGACAAGCCCCUCCCCUUCAUAUACCAGUUCGCGGCCGGCGCCGUGGCUGGUGUCUCCGAGAUUCUGGUCAUGUACCCGCUGGAUGUCGUGAAGACGCGAGUGCAAAUCCAGGGUAGUGUCCCUGUUCCGGGCCAGGAUCACUACAGCGGCAUGUUGGAUUGUUUCAAGAAGAUCAUUGCGAAUGAAGGCCCUUCGCGUCUCUACCGCGGUAUCACGGCACCCAUCCUCAUGGAGGCACCCAAGCGUGCCACCAAGUUCGCCGCCAACGACGAGUGGGGCAAGGUCUACAGGAACCUCUUCGGUGUCGCCAAGAUGAACCAGUCCCUCUCGAUCCUCACGGGAGCUUCUGCUGGUGCAACUGAGGCGUUCGUCGUCGUGCCGUUCGAGCUCGUCAAGAUUCGAUUACAAGACAAGGCGCAAGCAGCCAAGUACAACGGCAUGCUCGACUGCGUUGCCAAGAUCGUCCGACAAGAAGGUGUCUGGACCCUCUACCAAGGUCUCGAGUCCACCAUCUGGCGUCACGUCCUCUGGAACAGCGGCUACUUUGGCUGCAUCUUCCAAGUCCGCGCACUUCUCCCCGCAAACCCCACCAAAGACAAGUCCGUCCAGAUGCGCAACGACCUGAUCUCGGGUUCGAUCGGUGGUACGGUCGGUACGAUCCUCAACACGCCUAUGGAUGUCGUCAAGAGCCGGAUACAGAACAGCCCCAAGGUUGCUGGUGGUGUUCCCAAGUAUGGCUGGGCGUGGCCGGCUCUGGGUCUUGUGGCGAGAGAGGAGGGUUUCGGUGCGCUUUACAAGGGUUUCUUGCCCAAGGUCUUGCGUCUGGGUCCUGGUGGUGGUAUCCUGUUGGUGGUCUUCACCGGCGUCAUGGAUUUCUUCCGCAAGAUGCGUGGCGAGGCAGUCUAA